CUCCCUUUCAUCUACUCCUUUCUUGUCCUCCAGCAAUGGCUUUCAAGCUUAUGCCACUUCUGUUUACCAGCUUUUUGCUUCUCAUCGCUUCUACUAAGGGGGGUAGCAACACUGCUCCUGGUGCUUUCCCACAUGGUAAGAUAUCAAGCCCCCCACCACCAGUCAAUGGAUCCUCUCCGACCCCUCCGUUCCCCGCUCCACCAACCACUCCAUACACCCCUCCUCCACCGCCAGUGAAAGCACCAUCCCCACCUCCGGCAGUCAAGCUACCACCACCAGCCACGAAACCACCUGUCCCUACUCCUCCCGUUUCACCACCAAGGACCACAGCAGAAUGCUUUCCCCUAUGCGAGGUGAGAUGCAAAUUACAUUCAAGGAAGAACGUAUGCCUAAGAGCAUGCACUACUUGCUGUCUAAGAUGCAAAUGCGUUCCGCCAGGCCAAUAUGGCAACAGAGAGAAAUGUGGCAAAUGCUAUGCUAAUAUGACCACUCACGGAGGCAAGCCCAAGUGCCCAUGAAAACUUAAAGGAAGCUAGAUGGUGUAUACAGGGAACUGUUGCAUGAUUGCAUCUGUGAUUUGUUGUAGUUGACUCGCACCAGCAAUAAUUUGCUGAAAAAUAUUUUGGUAAUUAAAUGUCCAAACGGAUCCAGAAAACCUGCCUAUCUUUCUCCGUAGAUACCAACUUUUCUCGAACAGUUUGAGACU